GCGGUUGAGUUGUAAAGAAGGAGUAUAUUUUGCACUCCAUUUGGCUCAUUGUUUUUGGAGCAACCAUUUUUUUUCUUACCUUUCACGUACAAUCAGUAUUCCCGUGGUGCAUACGACCGAUAAUAAUCGUUUAUCAAGAAUUAGUGAUUAAAUAUUUAACACGUGAAUUGGAUUAUCUUUUUAUCCACACGUAUAUCCAAUGAUCUCAAUAUCUAUAGUUAAAUCUCCCAGUCGGAAAGGGACUCAGGUAUACAUCAACAUGUGGCUAUAUGGUACGCGUUGUUAAAAAAUCGGUUCGGUAUAACAUACAAGUGGUGAAUUGGAGGAAAAAUAAUAUUUACCUUUUAUCGACAGGUAAUUUAAUGAGUUUAGCAGGUGUGUAAAAAUAGUGAUGCUGAUACGGUGGGAAAUCAAUGCACAACGUAAAGGGUUAUCGGUGCACCUCAGUUGCGGAGAAAAGUGAAAAUGAGAAUUGGGGGGGAAUCGUGUGCGGCAAAUUGCAUAUUUUGAGAAAGUGGUGUUCUGCACCUGAAGACACAGGCUUCAAUUCGACAAUUUCCCUUCUGUGGGAACAGGCAAGGCUGUUUUUUUAAGCAUUGAUGAAUUUAUCAGCGUUAUCAGUAGGGUAGAGGUGAAGAGAAUGUGAGAUUAUUGUAAGAGACAACGAGAGCGUAAGAUAUGGAUGAUCAGGAGAUUCAGUCGACAGUGGAGUCUAUCCUUGGUCCUGGGGUAAAGGUUAUUGACUGUGAAAAGAAAUCCUCGAUAUGCGAGGAGGAAGUAUUAUUGAUUAAUGGGGUACCUAUUAAGCUUGAGGGCGAUGACAGUGUUGCUAUAAAAGAGGCGAUACUCACGGGACAAAUACCAUCCUGUGAUCUACUUAAUCAAAUUCUUAUCAGGGCUGGAAUCCUCAGGGCUCCAGUACGUUUGGAAACGUCACUAAGUACAAAAUCCAGUAUUGUAACUAAAGAAGAAGUCACAGUGUCUCGUAAUAAUAAAAUCAUUGACGAGCGCAAUAGAGAGACACACGAGAGCAAUUAUUAUGUAUCAUCGACAAGUGAAAUCUGGGAACCAGUGGGAAUUAUCCAAAAACCCCGGAAUCCCUGUUACAAUUCGGAUCAGUCCCGACCAGAAUCCAGCGCUAGUUCAGACCAAGGUUACACAACCAAUAACAGCACCAAUAAUGUGUUGAGGGGAAGCGAAGAGGAACAAAAAUCCUACUCUAAAUACGGAGAAAGUGUUCCGGACUGUAUGCAGCAGUGUUUAAACCAAUUGAGUAACCUUGGAUUGAAAGUGCCUGAAGUGAAACCUACGUUAGUGAAUUUAUCCCAGACGUCAGGAGGUAAUGUACGAGGCCCAGGCUUUAGCAGCAGUGCCAAUAUUUGUAGUAGUACAACAAGUAUGGUUAACGGAGCCAACUUAGAGAGUCAGGACAUUCGAGAUAAUGUUGGCGAUAGAGAACACGCGCUCGUAUAUCGCGAUGGAAACCUUGUUUCUGGGUCACUGGAGGCUUUGGUGCAACACAUGGUACCUACCGAAGAGUAUUAUCCUGAUAGAGCAUAUCUUUUUGCUUUUCUACUGAGCUCACGUCUAUUUAUUAAGCCCCAUGAAUUACUCAGCGAGGUAUGCGCUUUGUGUGAACAUCAACAAAAACUAGGGGGAGAGGGGGGAAAGGAACGCCUUCAACGAUUUGUGCCACGACUAGUUCAGCUACUCGCUGAAUGGACUGAAACAUUUCCAUAUGAUUUUCGAGAUGAGAGAGUGAUGGCUCAUGUGAAAUCUAUCACGCAGAAAGUUGCCAGUGUAGAUGCUACGGCUCGCCAAGAGGUAUCUGCAUUGUUACAAAAUCUAUUAUUACGCCUAACAGCAUUGGAGAGGUAUGAAGAGGGUCUCGCUAGGCUGGCUACCGAGUCUGGCGCCCAGCAACUGAGUCAGGUGGAUGUAACUGAAUUAUGCCCUUCAGCAACGAUCCUGGCACAGCAAUUGACACAUGUUGAGCUCGAGAGACUCUCCUAUAUCGGACCCGAGGAAUUUGUUCAAGCAUUUGCGAAGGAGUCGCCUCAUUUAGAAACAUCGUUCAAAGAAAUGAAGAAAACUCGGAAUCUCGAGUCAUACGUACAAUGGUUCAAUCGACUGAGUUAUUUUGUUGCCACAGAAAUAUGCAAACAUGCCAAGAAAAAACAACGGGUUCGUGUAGUAGAAUAUUGGAUCGAAACAGCACGAGAGUGUUUCAACAUCGGAAAUUUUAAUUCACUUAUGGCGAUAAUCGCCGGCCUGAAUAUGUCAUCGAUUUCACGAUUAAAGAAAACCUGGUCAAAAGUUCAAUCAGCCAAGUUUGCUAUUCUCGAACACCAAAUGGAUCCCAGUAGUAAUUUCAGCAGCUAUCGUAGUACAUUAAAGGCAGCCAUGUGGCGGAGUGUGGGAGCCACAGACGAGAGACAACGAAUUGUGGUUCCUUUCUUCAGUCUUCUCGUGAAGGACCUUUAUUUUCUCAACGAAGGGUGCAGCAAUAAACUUCCAAAUGGCCACAUCAACUUUGAAAAAUUCUGGCAGCUAGCCAAGCAGGUGACGGAAUUCAUUGCCUGGAAACAAGUGACAUGUCCAUUUGAAAAGAAUUCUCGGGUCAUAGCAUUUCUCCAAGCGAGUCCUGUUUUAACAGAAAAUGCUCUCUCGUUGGCAUCGUUCGAGUGCGAACCACCGGAUAGUAACCCGGAGAAGGAACGUUUUAAGAGUCUGAAAUCUGAGCUGAAUGCCCAGUGAGAAUCAACUGCCGAGGACUGUUUAUCAUAGAAGAGAUACUAAUUCGUCAGAGUCUCUAUAAACACAGACGAAUUGACCCACAAUUAAAAUUUUAAUUAGCAUAAAGCAAGGAUGAACCCAGUGGAAUUAGUGGAGUGACGUGAAACCCUAUGGAAACAAUGGAACUAAAUACUAAAAGACUCUAGAACAUAAUUAAUGAUAAAUCUCAUAACGCGCACCACUUAAUGAAUGGAGAAUGGUUCAAUUAAUUUUAGAGUAGCACAUAGAAUUAUCCUUAUUUUUAUGUGAGACAGAAACAGUACAUGCACAAAAGAAUCAAUAAUGUCAUUAAAUUUCAACAAAUUUUUCCAUAAUUUACAAGUUUUAUUAAGAACCAUCUACAUUUCUUUUUUGUAUAUAACAUUUUUAUAUUAUAUUCUAAGUGAUUUCAUCUAGUGUAGUAAAUUAAUUGAUUAAUUAAUAUUCAAUGUUUGAUAGACGAAAAUUAAAAGUAGAUGAUAGAUGAGUGUCGUCAGAAAUCCAGUCGUUUUUUUUUCAUUCUAAAAAAUCAAUCACAAUUGACUAACAGAAAAUCCUGGAUCCUAGAGGUCCUUUAACAUUUUUAUCCUGAACUGGUGGGAUAGGAUCAAUGCUGUGUUGAUAUAGUAGAGCGUAAUUGGGACCUUGAAUAUGACAUUUCUGUUAAUUAUGCAAUCAUCUGAGGAACCUGUCGUUGCAAGAAGGAAUGACGAAAGCUUUCUACAGUUGAAGACAUUUCUUACAAGAAUGGUCUUAUCACAUUCCAUUCUAAAAUUACUCAGUCUAUAAAUACUUCGAAUUACUACGUUUUACCACUUCAAUGCAGCAUUCAGAAUGUUCUCACAUAUUUUUUUCGCAAUGUUUUUCAGAAUGAAGACAUUCAAGAGGAUUAUAAAGAUACGUUUUUUGAUAGCAUUUAUCAAGAUGACGUCUAAAAUAUUCCUAUAGCUCUUCAUUUUUGAGGAAUUUGCGAAUUUCACUGUGUACAAUCCAUUCCUUUUGUUUGCAUGUGUUCAGAGAAUAUUAUUCUGUGAUUAAGAACCAAGCAAUUUUCGAAUUUAAUGUUGAAGUAUUUUUUACGUCUUUUCAUUGAAUCGAACGAUAUUUUAAUGUAUUUAUACUCAAAAGAAAAGACUUGCAACUUUUGUCUUGAAUAAUUUAAUUGAUGAUAAUAAUUUCUUCAGUAAAUAAAGAAAAAUACCUUUAA